GCCUAGAUUCCAGCUUGUCACAUUCCAUCGACGUGCAUCAUUUCCGCGACUCGCAUACAUUGGCACGGCUAAAUCCCCUGCUGAAAGCCUUCGCCUCAGCAAUUUCAUAAACCCACCCCGAGACAGGGGCAGGAAAGAGAACAAGAUCUAUUUGAAAAAGACGCGCCGUUGAGUUGUACUGUACUCAUCUGUUGGCUCUAGCCAUAAACAUACAAUCGCUCCAAAUGAAAGGUAAAAAAAAAAAAAAAGGUCCAGAAGCAAUCUGCAAUCCUUCACAGCUUAUCGUCGAUUCUUUGUGUCGAUCAUCACCAGGGCUAUUGAACUCCUGUUACGCAGCAAAGCAUCAGGAGCCAUUGGAAGAAUCGAACCAACAAACCAAACCCCCAGCAGCAGCAGCGGCAGCAGCAGCGCCGCCGCCGCCGCCGCCGUUGUUGCAUUCCUCCUUUUUCCUAGCCCUUCCCCUCAUUCAUCGAAUGCUGCUAGCCUUUUUUCCUUUUGUCCCUCUCUAUUUUGCUUUUUUCAUUGUUAGACUAACUCCCGUUCCCCUUUUCUUUUGUCUCUGCCCCGCGUUUCCCGUGAAGUGACUGUCUCGGCCCUGAGCCCGAACCAAUGCGGCACGUGUGACGGGCGCCGUGACCGGGUGUGUCUCCAGCCCAGUGGCAGUCGUUCAAUAAU